AUGAGCGCCAACUUCAACGUGGACGUUAACAUCACAUCGGCGCAGCAAAGGGCACUCUUCAUCUUCACCGUGACAAACGUGCCGAGCAGCCCAGCGCCAGUCUUCUCCAACUCCUCCUACCACACCAACGCGGGCCAGCUCGUGGCAACGUUUGCAUGCAUGCCCAAGCCCAUCACCGUGCUCGGCAUCUACCUUUGCACCGCCAGUUCUCUCGCCAACAUCACCGUGCCGUUCAGGCCGGUGAACAGGCCCAAGGCGCUGGUGAAUGCGGGGUUCUUCUCGAAUCCCACCGCCUUCUACUCCACCAUCACUGUCAACGGCGUCACGCUGCGCGGAAGUAUCACCGCCUCUGUUGCUAACCUGUGA